AUGUGUAAGAUCCAAGAUAGGAAGGCAAUGAUGGCGCCUGGACCUGUACGCCUUGAGGUCGAGCUGAGAUCGCCGUUGAUUGGAGAUGAACCCCACACGGCACUCACCGGAGUUUUCCUGAGCUGCACAUCAGCAGCGCCACAAUAUUUUCCAAACCGACUGCGCCAAGCGCCCAGUCAAAGUGUGCAUGAUGCCCACCCAAAGCCCACUCUUCUUCCAGGGACCAUCUUUGCCCCGCUUACCGUCCAGAAAAACUCUGAUGCACGUACGAUCCCACAUCAGAUACGAAUCUCAUCGGAAGUUGGGGGAGGCGCGCGAAGUUCCGAAGAGAAUACCGAGUGGCGUCAAGAGUUAAGGAGAAUGGUCAUGCCACCGUCACCAGCAUGCUUUUCCAACAAGGUUUGUAGCUAUGACCUCCGGAUGGUGUUCUCCGGAAUCGCUCAUGUGACAUCUACCUGUCGUACAAUGAUUAACACAGUCCGUAAUUCCCCGGUCGAGACCCGGCCGAUGGUCUCGCAGUGUUCGGCUCCAUGGCAACGAGCUUCAUCAGUUCUACAUUCCACAACUGCGGCUGCCCAUGCACCAUGGCCGUUUAUUAUGGAGAAACAGCCUCUCCCGUUCUUGUUGGUACCGAUAAACGGGUCCUGGAUUAGUCGCCAGCGGCUAAGCAUGACAGACAGAUGUCACAUUCCUCGGCUUCGACCGAGAGAGAUGAGGGCGGCUCGCCGCAGCAGUGUCGGUAUUGGGACGCAUGCGCCCAGUGCGGCGAGGACUCGACCUAUAAGACCUAGCCCACUAUCGAAGAUACUAGAACCCUGCCUCAUCUUGUCAGAAGCUGUGACGUCUCGGAAUGUUUGCCGGCUCUUUCAGCAUGCGCUCUCCUUCGAAGUCUUGCUAACCCUUUUUCGUCGCCCUCUUUCCAAUAAUCUUAAGCAGCCACUGAUGAUGGACCACGAUCACCAUCCUCUCGCGGAAGCGUGUCGUGUCUGCUCACGGUGGAGUGACAUCUUUCGGAGUUCUGAAAGGUUCGCUCAGAUUUCAUUCCUCUACCUCGCUACAUCCUUCAUAUUCUCUAUUUUUGUUAUUCUUUCGAAUCGUGAUAUUUUUCUUCUCCAACCGCAUCCGAUCCCGCCCUUGUGCGGCGGCGUGCAACGAAUUGAGAAGUUCCGUUUUUAUUUUGAGGUCUUGUGUAUCGCAACGAGAGGAGGUGUAUCGUCCAAGAUUGCCGAACGUAGACUCCCGUUGGAGAGCGUAGGACGAGAUGGAUGCCACAUCACAAUGGCUCAAGAUGAAAUCGUGGAUGAAUUGCGGAGUGGAAACGCCCGAUACUUCGUUGAGGAGGUCUGCAAGAAGAAGAGAAGCAAGCAGCAACCAGGAGGGCUUUUAUUAGGGGGCACGUGUGAUACUAGCCUGAAAGGUCUCUUUUCCCCACCUUUUCAAACCCCUCGCUGCCCACAGGUCUACCACUCCACCACUGUCUCCAAAAUCAAGGCACUCUCACACAAGUGUUUUACCCCAGGUCUUGCUUGUGCUCCACGUAACAACAGUAUGAGGACAGGCUCUGCAUCGCAUCCGUCGCUUGGUGCGGAAACGCACUUUCACCUCCCAACAAAAAUACCCAAGCCAUCAGUGAAAAUCCUACCCUCCUGCCCGUCUUUACCCUCUGAACGAAGUACUUACAAUGCAUCUCUCAAAGCGACUCGUUGUUCUUCUUACUCUUUUCGGCUUCAUUUCCGCGACACCUCUGCCGGAAAACAAUUCCGACGACACAAGUAUCGAGCUAAGAGAUUUGGUCGCCCUAUGUAUGCAUCCAAUAACCUCUUGCGGGGUAUUGUGAUGAGGCUAACGAUGCCAAAAAGAUGUACCUGGGCUGCCCCAAAUUUGGGGGAUAUUGGGGCCGCUGUCACUAUGGAGGCGCCGUUUGCCUGCUUGGCAGUAGUUCGUGUCCGAGUUGGGGUCCUCCUCGAGCCCGUGGCGGGGAGAUUGGAGAAGAUGAUCAGAUUUUUGCUCAAUACUGGUCGCUACUUCAAAGAAGUGUUAGCGAUGGAGAAUCUCGAGGUCGAGGCUUGGUUCGAAAGGGGCAUAGCGUUGCAAAACAAGCUUAGCGCAUAUUGGAGGCUCCAGCAACGGGAAUGGUGGGAAAAUACAACCACAUAUUCAUCACUCUUCAUGCGUCGAACACUUGUCGUCGUGCGUAACCUCAUCGGCCAGUCGCAGACUGCUUCGAUUCAUAUAGCAUUCAUCUCCUGUUCUUCUCAUCCAAAAUCUCCAAAGAACCUCUCUGAGCAGUCAUUCAAAUUGUUGCUCCUCGCUAUUCUAGGUUUUCGUUCCCUAUGCUCCACUGUUCAGUUCUUGGUGCGGUUCUGGAUCCCUCCCUUGAAGGACGGCAAUAUUAAAUUUUCGCUAUCUACCAAUCCCAAUACAGACACAUAUUCAACGCUCUCAACUGCACCUCUUUUCAAUUCUCCGUAUCAGAGUCUGAGCCAAGAAACUACCCGUAGGGGAGAACACACUAUCAUGCCACACACUCCCUCUUUUCUCCGGCCCACAAUUUCCAAAUCUACUACAACAUGGACAUGCAUUGGUGCCACCGAACCCCUGACAAAUUCCAUGUCUAUCGGGAACCGCUCACUCUUAUCCUUUUCUAAACAACAACUCAUCGCAUUUCUUGCAUCCGCAUCCCACAGCGAUGCGCAAAGAUGGCUAGAUCAUAGGACCAACCCCACCUCUGACACUGGCUUUCUUUCACGCAAGCGUGUUGGCAGUCACACACAUGCUCACGCCUCUCUCACAAUCCAAACUUCCAUAUGCUCUGCGCAACUGUGGCGUUUUCUCUCCGCAUCAACUCGACCCGCAUCGUCACAUCCCAUAAACAACAUGAUACUAAAAGCCCUCGCCGUUCCCAUACACUUUGACAUCAAUCCUUAUCAUCUCUUCACCUCGAUCUCACCUUCAAUAACCUCGACCGCACAUAUCUCUGCAACCUACAUUUUUCCCCGCCCACAUCAAACUUCAACGAACUUAAAAAUGCGUCUCACAGCCCCCCUCUUGCUCCUUCUCCCCGCCCUAACUACCGCCCUUCCAAAAACCCUUCAUGACACCAACGUGCAAUCUCUUCCUGGAACCACUGACCCCACCCCCAGCCCUAAUGAGAACACCAACCCCUUCGACGACGUAUCCCUCGCUACCACCACCAACACAGACAAGAGGAAAUGCGGAAACUGCAAGUCUCUCUCCUUCUGCACUUUCUCCCAGCUUCCCUUUAGUCCUACCCUAAGGGAGUUAUGGCACUCGCUCUUGGGACAGAAGGAAUGGUCAGGAGAAGCAAUUCGGCGGAUGUUAUUUUCCACUUUCUAG